AUGGUAACAACAAAUAUAAAUAACAAUAAAUCAAUUAAUAUAAUUAGUAAAGAUAUAACUUAUUUUAAUAAUAAUAAUAAUAAUAAUAAUAAUAAUAAUAAUAAUAAUAAUAAUAUUUUUUUAUUAAAUGAAAUUAAUAAUCAACAAGAUAGAAUAAAUCAAUUAAGAAUCGACGAUGAAUUUAUAAAUAACUAUCAUCACACUCACCAAGAAACAAUAAAUACAAGGGGUAGAAGGUUUUUUAAAUUUUUAUUAAAGUUUAAUAAAAAAAAAGGUUCAAAUAGUGAUACAAUCCAAGUUCACUUUUUUACACCUUACUGGUAA